ACCACCUCCAUCUUCUCUCACAUUUGUGGAUUCACUUCUGAACCUUCCCUUCUUUUUUACCCUCGAGAGCCUCGUCCACCUCGGGACACCGUGCAGUCACUCCUUUAGCACCCGCAUUAACCGCCUCGCCGGCAGCUCCCAGCACAACAACUAUCAAGCAGCCCUCGUCCCGACUUCAGACGAGAGUGAGGUCCUAGCUACCCUCGCGUUGUGCCGCCUCCGCCCACGUCCCUCGCAAAACGGUCUCGUUGAGACGACCGACCUGCCUACCAUUCACAUUCACUCAUUAGUCUUGAUCUCCUCUUGUUGAAACCGCACACACCAACUUUGCGUUCAUCUUCUUUCGAAACGCCCGCCAGGAGCCGACCACCACCAACCCGAUCGCCCCGCCAUACUCUGCGUCGCUGUUCACUUCGUUGGCCGUAGGCUAUUUGGCAUCUGGCACGAGAAUUCCGCCGCUUUUUCUUCACCAACAUCACGCAACCUGUGUGUCGAGCGCAAUAGUUCCUUGUAGGGAGAUACCAAUCCCGCGAUCGUCAUCUGGGCCGCAUAUUCUUCGAUCGACACACGAUUCUCCGCCUACUCGAAGUCCGGGCUAGACACCAGUUUAGAGAGGGAGCACGGCAAGGCGCUCCUUCGCCCUCGGGCUCUCCAACUGGUCGACCGAGCACGCCAGCAAUCAGCAGCCACGGGCUGCAUUUGGUCUUUGGAGUGACCACAAUUGCCCAUGACCAUCCAGUCCAGGUCGGGCGGCAACUAGUUUCUUGUUUUCUUGCGCCAAUUCACAUUCUUUUAUCCUUUUUUCAAAACAGUUUGGCGCGGCCCAAACUAUUCAUUCUGUCCAUAUUACUUUCCGUCUACGACGAUGAAUCGGUUCCGGAACAAGAAGAAGGGGAAGGAUGCCGUGGAGGGCGAAUCGAGCUCAAUGUCCCUCAAGGGAUUCUUCAGCGGCAAGAAAGUUCAGGAAGAGGAGGUCAAAGAGGAAGUCGACCUCACCACUGCUCUGCCAUCCCACGACGAGUUCCGUACCAGUCUUCUGAUGACUGGUCUUUCCGCCCGCUUCUCUAUGCUACGGGAGCAAGACGACCCCAGUACAAAAAUAGGCAAGGCCAGCGACGACAGCGUCUUGUUUCCCAAGCAUUCCUCACGGCUCUUGGAUUACGGCUUCCAGGGAGAUCUGAAUGAUAUUGCCGAGGUGGAGUCGCUCAGGACACCGUUCGGAGGCCGCCUGGACAUGGAUGACGCGAGCUCGACCAAGGGCAGCAUCAUGAGCAGGGGAAAACCAACUGAUGGCAACAAUCUGUUUGGUGGAAGGCAAAAGAUCGUUAUCGGAAACCGGACUUUGUACGAGAGCGACGUGUCGAUGUCCGCAUUUCAGAAAUGGAGGCGGGAGGAGAGGGAGAGGCAGCGAAGGUCACAGGAAAACGAACGCGAGGACUCUCAGGACUCCCAGGACCCCUCUGCAGACACUCGGCCACGUCCGAGUGAGGAAGGUUCUGCGCCGAUGAGGUCGGAGUCGCCCGCAUUUAUCGACUACAACCAGAAGCGCGGGACGUCAUCGACUACGGCGUCGUCUCUGGCGCGCAACUCCACCGCUGCCACCUCCGUCAACUCGCAGGCUGCUGCCUCUAUCAAAGACUGGCAGCCACAGCCCUCGGCACCUGCCUCUGCCAACGCUGGCGCGACUCUCGAUCGGUCUGUCACCAGGACAAGGAGGCUUUACGAGCAAGCUCUCCACCAGGAUAUGCAUGACCAGCAAUCAACGGCCUUGUCUCGGAUUGAUACCCUGACGGGCAAGCGGCCCUUUGCCACUCGCUCUCCCGAUCUGUCAUCCAGCACCACAAUCUCGCCUACCGGAUUUACUCCUCUGAAUGAGCGUCGCGCAAUGUUGACCAAGGCUAGUGCCCCCAACCUGCGGACGACGGCCUCGCCAACUACGGCUCCGCCGCCUCCCCCGACGGACAUGGACUCCAAGGUCUCGAGCCCAGCAGAGUCACGAUCCAACUUGGUCGGAACCCCUCCCAUCAGCCCGCCGAUCAGCGAAGCAGGCGAGUUUUCGGCACUGGCUAUUCAGCCAAAUGAUCGAGGCAAGGCUACGGCUCUUGGUGUGUUCCAGAAGCCCGCGCAGCAGUAUGACGAGUCCAAGUACGCCCAGCGCCAGCUCCAGCUGCAGCAAGGGCGUGAGACUCCUACACAUCGCACCCGUACCGAGUCGAACGCUACUGGCCGUUCGCGGUCCUCGUCGACGAGCGAGAGGCAGCAGUUCGCUCCGAAACUGGAGCUGUCAAUCCAUACCGAAUCCAGUCGGCAAGGGUACGGGUCACAGACUUUUCUCGACACCUCCGAAACUGAAGACGAACGUGUGCCUGACGAGGUUCACCCUGCUUUUAGACAGACCGCUCUCCCAACACCGCAAUCCUUCACCUCGAGGGCCAGCACGGAACCCUCGCCCGUGUUUGAAAAGCCAGAGUACCCGUUGACUCUAUCGCACAACGAGUCCCCGGAGGAGUCGCCUAUGCUGAGCCCCCCCUCGGGGUCCGGUCUCGGCGGCAUGGUGCGCCAGCAUAUGCGAUCUGAGAGCGGUGCAUCAUCCAUCUACGCCGCUCCCCAGUCUGCCGGCGUAGACACUCGGUUCCUCACCGACGCCCGUGACUCGUCCGUUCUCGGCAACAUGAUCUCUGGCCUUCGGGCUAGCACCCUGGAGUCGUCGUCGUGGAAUCCCUACGGGGACGAUAGCCGGACCCGAGAUACGUUGCUACCCAUUGAUGAAAGCUUUGACAAGCUGAAGCAGGAAGACUCGGUCGUGAAGGGAAAUGAGUCUAAGCCAAGCAAUGACGAAGAUAAUGACUUCGCCAGCCAGCUGGCCAACGCCCGGAGGCGGGUCCAGGAGAGACUUGUCUCGUCCUAUGCCGAGUCUGAGAGCAGCCGACCAACGUCUCCGUUGCCAGCUCUUGAGUCGCCGAACGAGCCACCGGCGAAAUUUGGUCUUCUCCGGGGAAAGUCCAGCCGGGGCUCUCUGAUUGACAGGAACCGCGACACUUCCGGAGGACCCAAACCUCUCAAGCUUCUCGGGCUCGGGUCUGUGACAAUGAGCACCUCGCCGGGCCCGGCCAAACAGACCUUCGACGACGCUGGACUCCCCCCUAUGAAGGAAGAGGAGGCCGAGUCUAGCUCUGGUCGGGUAUCCGAGUCGACGGACGCUGGCGCUAGGCGUAGUGACGACCGAGACGCCGAUGCGGCGUCUACAGUGUCUAACGAUAGGGAUGACGACAACGUUCAUCCAGGCCUGCGGGCCUUUCGCAACGCCCGCCGGGAACUCCAGAGGCGUAAGGAGCUGGAGACGUUGGGCAGGCACCACGGGUCAAACCAGUCAACUGGUGGCUCGUCAGUCGAGGACUACCGCAUGAAUGAUGGUGAGACGGGAUCCAGGGCCGCUAGCAGAGAGCGUGGACCACCGCCUCGAUCCUACUACCAGCGACGGGAUCCUAGUCAAGAUUCGCGCCGCAGUGUAGCGUCGCGGUCUCCUCCGCGUGGCGAGAGGGACCGCAGCGGAUCAGAGGCGAGCAACAGCAGGGCUGGCAGCCGUCCGCCCCCCCCUCGACUGCGAACCAAUUCGUCUGCAUACGAUCUCUCUGGCCAAGGCCCCAUGAGCGCCGGCCCCAUGCUCCGUCAGCCCAUGGUGCGGUCCCCUGGACUUCCAGGCACCGACAUCCGCAGGUCUCCCAUCAUGCCUCCUCAGCCGUACCCUGGAUCUUCACCAAGCAGGUUUGAGAGGUCGGCAUCCUCGGGAAACCUGAGGGUGCAGUCAGAGAGGCCGACUCUUGAUAUGUCGGGCUCCCCGAUGUCGCCAAGUGUCAAUGGGCUCCCUCCGUCUCCCCGUCUUGCUGGCCCUCGCAGUGGUGCAUCGCCUAUUGUGCCUGUCGGCGGUGCCCAGAGACGCCCAUCAGCGCCCCCAGCGCCCUCGCCCGGUGGCAGUACAACGAACAGCACUCUCCAAGAGUCGAUGAAGAAGGUCAUCAAGAAGAAGGACAUCUCGGAUCCGACCUUCGUCAUGAGCACCAGCCGUGUCCCGACUGUCAGUCUGCAGGACAAUGGAGAGUCGGGCCAGCGAUCGCGCAACAACUCCAAGUCUAGCAGCAAUGGAGGCGAGUACAUCGCGCCCCCGCUGCCGCCCAUCAACCCUCGUCGUACCAACCGUAUGACUGGGUUCCUGGGGCGUAAGCACAGCGACGCUGAGGAUCCUGAUGUCCGCACGGAGAGCUUUGCUAGGUCGACCCCGGCCUUGACGAUUCCUUCCAACCGCACGGAUGGUGGCGACAUUCGCAGCGCCUUCUCCGUCAGCGACGACGAGGAUGAUAAGCCUCUCAGCAGGUGGCGACUACGCAAGCCAAGCUCCGAGGCCAGCAAGGUUCCUCCGCCAUCGGCUAUCCCCAACCCAUUCGGUUCUCCCAGGGAUACGCGAGGAUUUGCCGCUGCGGGACCCCCUGCCAGCCGCCAUCUCGUCACACCGGCUGCGAAGCCAUCGUCGUCGUCUUCCAAGAGCCCUUAUGGAAAUAGCAUGAUCUAGUCUUGGGUCUCGCUACGGUGCCGCCUGGACUACCGGGAAACAAGAACUAAUUCAAGACGAAUAGAGAAAGAAAAGGGCGGAUGACAUAAAGCAACAGCAAAAGCAGAACGCAGAACAUGCGUUGGAUCUGAGUUCUUUUUAUUACUCUAAUUUCUUGGCUUUUUGAUUCUUUUACAGCAGGGAGAAGCGCGUUUCUACUGCAUCGCCUAAUCUUCUCGGCACCUUUCACACAGUCAGUCGCACAAACACGAAGUUAACGAUCCUCGAGAUACCUCCACUGUAUAACAGGGUGUACAAAUCUGAUUCUUUUUUACCUUUUUCCUCACUCUUCCUUAUUUCGAUUCCUUGAUUCUCUCUUCGUUGGCGUUAAGGCUUUCGAUUCCCUCUGGUUUCCGUUUUCCAAGGCGUCCUUGCCCGUUUCGGUUUUUUUCUCUUUGUUUUUUCUUCUCUCUUCGGACAGAUAAUGGGACCUUGUCCUGGCUAGGUGACCAUUUGGCUUCGCUUCUUGGGUGCCUACUUUCACCCCAUUCUUCGAUUGCUGGUGAUCAUUAUUACCGCCCUGGGUCGCUCUCUGCUUUGAUCGACUGCUCGACAGAAGAGGUCUGGAACGGUUCUUGCGGAUUUGUCCGCUGGAGUUCGUGAAAUUGAACAGGAAGCUGUCAGACCCCGAGGGCAGAAGUGGGCAUUGCCACGCUCUUUGCAGCGAGGAGCCUUGGGGCACUUUCUUUCCUUUUCUGUCCUUGAAUCUUUUGCGUCUUGAUUCAUUUUCCUACUUUGUCGUCGAGCCUCCUCUGCUGUUGCGAUUCCCCACGACGAGGACAGCCAGGGUUGCUGAAGUAAAACAAAAAGUCCCAGAUGUCUGGGCUUCUGGCUAAUGCUUGUUGCUCGUCAGCCUGUGUUCGUGAUGCCCUGACCAAAACCAUUGUUGAUCCCUGCUGUCUGUUGUG